CUGCCCAGACACGUGGCUGGACAGAAGUUGGUAGGAGACUGCGGAGCGGACAGACCUGGAGGAGCCUCAGCCGCCGUGAUUAACCUUGAGGAUGAAGAGGAUGACAUUGCUCCGGUGGCUGAUAUUCCUGACCCCCUGGGGAGUCGCAGUUGCUGAACUAGGGAGGUUUUGGCACAUCUCUGACCUGCAUCUGGACCCCAACUACACCGUAUCGAAAGACCCCUUUCAGGUGUGUCCAUCAGCCCAAUCUCGGCCUGUUACAAAUCCCGGCCCUUGGGGUGACUACCUCUGCGACUCUCCUUGGGCCCUUAUCAACUCCUCCAUCUACGCCAUGAAGGAGAUGGAGCCAAAGCCAGACUUCAUUUUCUGGACAGGGGAUGACACCCCACACGUCCCCAAUGAGAGCCUGGGGGAGGCAGCCGUGUUGGCAAUCGUGGAACGCCUGACCAACCUCCUCAGGGAGGUCUUCCCAGAUACUAAAGUCUAUGCUGCACUGGGAAAUCAUGACUUUCACCCGAAAAACCAGCUCCCAGCAGAGAGCAACAGCAUCUACAGUCGGGUGGCGGCAAUGUGGAGACCCUGGCUUAGCCAUGAGUCCUUCGCUCUCUUCAAAGGAGGUGCCUUCUAUUCUGAGAAGUUGCCGGGUCCUGGCAGGGCGGGGCGAGUUGUGGUCCUCAAUACCAAUCUGUACUACAGCAGCAAUGAGCAGACAGCCGGCGUGGCCGACCCCGGCCAGCAGUUUCAGUGGCUGGGAGAUGUGCUGAGCAAUGCGUCUCGGGACGGGGAGAUGGUGUACGUUAUCGGCCACGUGCCCCCAGGCUUUUUUGAGAAGACACAGGGGAAGGCCUGGUUCCGAGAAAGCUUCAACGAACAGUACCUGAGGGUGGUCCAGAAGCACCAUCGUGUCAUAGCGGGCCAAUUCUUCGGGCACCAACAUACUGACAGCUUCCGGAUGUUCUACGACAACGCAGGUGUCCCCAUAAGCGUCAUGUUCCUCACCCCUGGGGUCACCCCGUGGAAGACCACAUUACCUGGAGUGGUCAAUGGGGCCAACAAUCCGGGCAUUCGUCUCUUUGAGUAUGAUCGAGUGACACUCAACCUGCAGGACGCGGUGACCUACUUCCUGAACCUGAGCCAGGCCAGUGCACACGAGACCCCACGCUGGGAGCAGGAGUACCGCCUGACAGAGGCCUACCAGGUGCAGGAUGCAGGCACGGGCUCCAUGCACACGGCGCUGACCCGAAUCGCCAGCGAGCCUCACAUCCUGCAGCGUUAUUACGUCUACAACUCGGUCAGCUACGACCAUUCCACCUGCGGGGACAUCUGCCGCGCCGAGCACGUGUGUGCCAUGCAACAGGUGGCCUUCGGCACUUACGCUACCUGCCUGCGUGGCCUGGGCACCCAGCUGGUGCCUGGUUUCCCGCUGGUCCUGGCCCUGCUGCCCAGCCUGCUCGUGUUGGCGGUGCUGUGACUGCGGGCACUGCCAGCCUACCCUCCCAGCCAGGGACAUCUUUCUCCUGGUAACAUUGGGCAACGUCAUCCCAUGUAGAGAUAAACUUUGCCAUCGGUCUCCCCCGUCUGCGGAGAGUAAAUGGCAUGGGACCUUUGGGUUCACCAGAGAGGUCCCUACGAAGCUCGCUGCUUCCAAGUUUCAUGUUUUAGCCACAAAACAUGCACGUGGUACACGCCUUUGUCCUUUA